AUGACUAUUUACAAUGAACGCCAUCGGCAAGGAUUAAAAGCUUUCCAUGUGAUUGCCAAGCCACUGAAGACAAAUACACAUAUCGAAGAUCGCAAGUGGCUAGCAAAUUUUCUUACUGAUUGGACUGAAGAAGAUUUUCUACAUGUUGCACCUUCGGAUGAAUUUUACAUUUAUGUUGUAAGAAAACCAAACCAUCAAAAUGAUCGAAUUUGGGCAAGAAGUAUUGAAGACAUCAGUGAUGAUGAAAGAUACCGAGAGAUGGUUUACAAUGCAACAUGUAUUGGGGUUUUCGUCAUGUUUACUGCAAAAAAACUACUUUGGGUGCUAAAAGAACAUGGACAGUCUUGGGAUGGCGCUUAUUUUCGUGACACUAUCCUUCGACAACAGGUGAUCCCAUUUCUUCGUGAUUCGUCCAAUGUUCUCGAUACGAACGAAGUGAUAUUUCUUCACGACAAGGCACCUUGUAUGAAAGCGAAUGCAACACAACAUCUUUUAGAAGAUGAGAAUGUGAAUUUCUGGGGAAAUUCAAUUUGGCCAGGCAAUAGUCCUGGCAUGAAUCCUGCAGAAAAUAUUGGUGCAAUUAUUAAAGAUAAAGUUGAGGAACUAAUGGCAAAUGAAGAUCGUCGUAGCAGAUACAAUUACGACGCACUGAAAACGAAUUUGGAGAAUACGCUCAAAGAUCUUGAAAAUGAUACAGAUCUUUUUAUUGACUUGUUAUGCUCGAUGCGAAAAAGAUUUGAUGCUCUCAAGGCUGCUGAUGGGGGUCAUACGAAGUUCUGA